AUGAAGCUCACCACUUCCGUUCUCCUCCCUCUCCUUCCCGCACUCUCCUCCUCAGCAGCAGUCCGCCGCCAAAACGGCGAUGGUCCUCAAGGCUCUGGAGAUGCUACUCAAGGCGACCUCGGUGCCCGCCCACCACCACGCUUCCCUUUCCCCGUGAUUGAGUUCCCAGUCGCAAAGGAGACCAUUGUCUUCAAUGAGACAAGGUACAUCCAGCCGGGAGAAGUCUUCGAUGGAGGCAUGAAGCGAUAUGAGCGACAGGAAGGCAGUUGCAAUGAACAGGCUGAAGGCACGGAUGCUGAUACCGUCUUUAACCUUUUGCCUGGAUCAACCAUCCGCAAUGUGAUUAUUGGGAAGCAUCAGGCCGAGGGCAUCCAUGCGCUUGGUGAUGCUUGGGUUGAGAAUGUUUGGUGGGAAGACGUCUGCGAGGAUGCCCUGACAUCGAAGGGUCUGAACACACAGCUUCGCGUUAUCGGCGGUGGUGCUCGAAACGCCACGGACAAGAUCUUCCAGGACAAUUCCCUUGGCGGCAAGGUAAAUAUCACAGGCUUCUACGCAGAGACCUUCGGUACUUUUUACCAGUCGUGUGGCAACUGCCUGAACCAGGCAAAGCGUAACGUCACCAUUGAGAACGUUAUUGCCAUCAAUGGUACCAGGAUGGGUAUAAUCAACCCCAACUACGGCGACGAGUACCGGAUCAAGGACUCCCAGAUCGUGGAUGUCACGCGUUAUGUUGACAAGGAGAUUGGCAACAACGUCCAGACUGUCCCAUACACUGUCGGAACUGGUCCAGAUGAGAAGUACGCGCUGUACAACUUGACUCGUGACCACAUCACAGAGUUCAAGGGAGAGGUUCUGAACCAGUACACCCCAGCUGACCCAUACCCAUGGCUGGGAGAGUUCUGGAAGGGCAAUAGCACAGCGAAGUUGUAG